AUGAGAACGGACGCGUUAGUGGUAUUCACGUUUGUGUUAUUUACAUUUGUUCGAGCGGGUGUACACAACAUCGAGACGCUCCAAAUAAGUGGAAGAAAUCCAUAUAAAUGGAAUGGAAAUGAUAUACCUUACACAAAGAAUAAAGACGUAAAUAUACAAAAGCCGGUGAAUGAGAUAUAUCCUUCCGCCGUUCUGUUCGGGAGGACUUGUGGAGGCACCAUCAUCAGUCCUAAAUGGAUUCUCACUGCGGGUCAUUGCACGCUAUUCACCGGCGGUCGAGAUAUCCUCGCCGGGACGAAUAACACUGAGAAUGAUACCGGCGUGAGGCGAAAAGUGAAGCGUCUUGUCAUACAUCCUCGUUUCUCAGUAGGACCGUACUGGCUUGAUGCACAGCAAUUUAAUUUGAAGCAGGUUGGAGCAAGAUAUGAUUUUCUCCUUGCGGAGUUAGAAGAACCUCUUCCUCUGGACGGCAAGACUAUGGUAGCAGCGCAAUUGGAUUCGCGCGCAAGAAUUCCUGUAGGAGAAGCAGCCGGCUAUGCUGGCUUUGGCGCUGAAAGACACGGGGAAACUAUGCGCGAGGAUAUGCAUGGCAUGGAUCUCGAGGUUCUUGAUGAUAACGAGUGCUCUUCCCUGGAACAGUUCAAUGCUGAAGACAUGAUAUGUACAAAAGGACGUCCACCUCGCUACGACUCUGCGUGUAACGGCGACAGUGGCAGUGGGCUCAUAAGUAACGGCAGAAUUCUCGGAGUCGCAUCUUGGGUAGAAGACGACGCCACCGUUUGUAGAAACGGUGCAAGAGUUGUAUUUUCUAGAGUGGCAAGCGCGAGAAAAUGGAUACAAGACGUGACUGGAAUA